AAACCGAAUGACUGUCAAUAUAAUUAAUCAUCUUCUGUAAAAGCAGAACAUGUUUUUGUGAUAUUUUUCUUGUAGGUUGUUGAUAAAUUCCUUCUUCCUUUCUUUUGUUUGUCACACAGGACUACCUCUUUCAUAGCAUUUCCUUUCAGUACAGGCAGAUUGCAGAUUCUUUUGAGGUGAUAUUUAAAAUGACCAUUCAGUGGUUGAGUGUUUAUUUGAACUCCAUUUAUGAUGGCCCUGCUACUGUCCCACCCACAUUCCUAAGUAGAUCAAACCUUUUGUUUUUAUGUGCACAUGUGACACUUACUUAGCCUGAACAACACACCCAGUUUAAACCUGUUUGCAGGAAAAAGAGUAUGUAAUGCAUGCAUCCUCCUUAUCUGUGCAUUGAUCUGUGUGAAACUACAAUGAAACAAGCUUUAAAGUGACUGCAGCAGAAUGGUGUUACAGUACAUCUGAUCUCCAACAACUGUUUUCUCACUCAACCCACUGCAAUACAUGGAUGACUAUUUGCUAACAUAUCUUAUUCUCAAAUUGCAUGUUUUUCAAAUGGGGGAUUGUUUAGUUUGUGUGUGUUCUGGAACACAUAAUUCCAAAGCCUGCGACUACUUACAUCUUGCCGGCAACUAAAUAUGUUCAAGUUAGUGUUAAAGGACCGUAUAUAGGUAGAAAGAUGGGCAGAGAGAUGCUUAGUUUGCCAGACACAGAUUCACAAAACCAUUUUUCUCUACUGACAGGUCCUGUGGGUGAAUGUUUUUGGGUUUGCCUCUAAGUAAUUGUGUCUUUUGGCCCUCGUUUUAUUAGUCUUUUAAUUUCUCAUAAAAGCAGCAGAAAAAGUAAACAGUUAAUCACAUGCAGGUGACAUGCAAGUUUUAGCAGCUAACAGGGAAUGUAGGACUCCAGGACAAGAGUUACUUUGUCAGAAUGUUGGUAGAACAAAGAAAUAAUAAUAAUCCAGUCGGGUCAGUCACAGACUGGGCAAAACCAAGAGUUAUGAACAUCUCAAAAAGUCCACGCCGCCUCUGGGGACUGUCAUCCCACUGGUUAAAGCCGCUCGGCUGGCUGGUCAGGAACUCCUGGACAAACAGGUCCCAUCCAAAAAAGGUAUAUAUUCCAAUGAGCGCAGGACACCAGGACAAGAGUUACCUCCUCGACCACUACGACCACAACAGAGACAAGGACCACUCAUACCUGCAGCACAUUGGGUUUCAAGGUUUCUCAUCAUCCACAACCAUGAUCAAACUGCUGAGUGUUGCCAUUGUAGUAGGACUGGUUUUAGACAACAGUCUGAAGGCUCUCGGUGCAGUGCCCUCUUAUCCUGUAAUAGGAUGCUGGACAGAUUGGUAUAGCAGAGACAACCCCUUUGGUGAUGGAGACAGGGAAACCCUCUCCGAUCUUCUGAGAGAAGCCCCUGGAAAGAUCUGCGACAACCCAUCCGAUAUUGAAGUCAAAACUAUUUCUGGACUCAGUGUGGCUGCAGCAGGGGAUGUGAUUUUUAAAAAUGAUCCAAAAACAGGAUUCAUCUGUUUAAACAAGGACCAACCUGGGGGGAAGAUAUGCAAUAACUAUCGUGUUCGCUUUUUUUGCAAGCCCCCUUUCUGUGGUGGAGGUUCAGAAGUACACUUUGCAGAAAAAGAAUAUUAGUGUUCAUUAUGUUUGCUAUAACUUCUACAUUAAAUUGUAGGUCAUUUGUCAUUUUUUACAAGGGGAAGUGUUUGCUUUGUCUGCCAUCCCCCUUUCUGUGGUGGAGGUUUUAUAUGAGUACAUUCAACAUAUGGAAUGUUAAGCUGCUAAUGCAAAGUUGAUUUAUUCUCUUCUCAUUGUUUGUAUGCAAGAGUACUCUUUGAGAAUGGUGAUUUGGAUCUAUCUUGUUUGGCUAAUGUUGGAAACAAACUAAGA